AUGAUGUCCGAUAGCCUCCAGCCCAUAAUACCAGCCAGCCAAGACGGUGCAGCACUACGGGCCGUCACUGCUGACUCUCAGGAAGCUCCCGAACCAGCGCCCAUUACCGACCAAGAGGUUGGAGAAUAUCGUGAACAAGACCGCUUCCUUCCAAUCGCCAAUGUCUCCCGCAUCAUGAAGUCUUCCGUCCCUCCUACUGCCAAGAUCGCGAAAGACGCGAAGGAAUGCGUUCAAGAAUGCGUUUCGGAGUUUAUCAGCUUCAUCACAAACGAGGCUGCGGAGAAAUGCCAGUUGGAAAAACGCAAGACGAUAGCAGGGGAGGAUAUCUUGUAUGCAAUGUCCACGUUGGGGUUCGAUAAUUAUGCCGAGACGCUGAAGAUUCAUCUCGCUAAAUUGAGGCAGGCUGGGAAUGCUUCUGCGCCGGGUGGCGCUCGAUUGGAUCAAGCUGAAGGCAGGCUAGAGUCGUUAGAUGAAGAAUGA